GUGAAAUUGCUUAUAAAUCGGAAAUUUGCUUCAGUAGCUGAUGGAUCUGUGAAGCAUUAGCGUUGGAUUCGGUUGGAGUUCUGGUCGUGCAACAUACUUACUUGAUAUUUAUGUACCCACUGAAAUAGUCAUGAAACUCAAGGAACUGGAAAGUUGUUUGCAACAAGUCGACACAUUUGAAACACCCAAAGUACUCCUUGAACAGUAUCCAACUAGCCCACACAUUGCAGCGUGUAUGCUUUACACAAUUCAUAAUACAUUUGAUGAUAUUCAAGGAAAACUGGUAGCAGAUUUAGGAUGUGGAUGUGGUGUACUGAGCAUUGGCGCAGCAGUGCUUGAAGCAGGAUUUUGUGUUGGUUUUGACAUCGAUAACGACGCCUUGGAGACAUUUAGAAGAAAUGCAGAGGAAUUUGAGAUUUCCAACUUAGACCUCGUCCAGUGUGACUUAUGUAGUUUGAAGAUGGAGGCAUAUUCCUCCAAAUUUGAUACAGUUAUCAUGAAUCCACCAUUUGGAACAAAACAUAAUCAAGGUAUAGAUAUGAAAUUCUUGAAGACUGCCUUAACGUUAGCAAAGAACACUGUGUAUUCACUUCAUAAAACAUCAACACGAGAGCACAUAAAGAAAAAGGCACAUGAUUGGGGUGUUAAAAUGGAAGUAGUAGCAGAACUAAGAUAUGAUUUACCAGCAUCUUACAAGUUUCACAAAAAGAAAUCGGUGGAUAUCCAGGUGGAUUUCUUAAGAUUCUCCAAAUCCUGAAAGUUGCAAUGGAAUGGACUAAAGCAAUUUCUGUCUUUUGCGGUUUGUUAUAAAUGUUUUUACAAAUGACAAAAA